AUCACUCCUACGCCCGCUCUACCAUUCCACAUCCUACCCUCCUGUAUACCCCGAAUAACUCCACGACAUGGCUACAACAAUCCAGACCGUGCCUCAGAGCAAAGAGCUCCGGGGGAUGAACCUGAUUGCGGCGCAUUCGCAUAUUCGCGGAUUGGGUGUCGACACUGAUACGCUGGAGCCCCGAGCAGCGUCGCAAGGCCUUGUGGGACAAGAAAAGGCGCGGAAGGCCGCUGCCAUUGUUCUGGAGAUGGUCAAGCAGGGAAAGAUUGCUGGCAGAGCCCUGUUGAUCGCAGGACCACCAAGCACAGGAAAGACCGCUAUAGCUAUGGGCAUGGCUCAAUCUCUCGGCCCAGACGUCCCUUUCACGAUGCUCGCCUCCUCCGAAAUCUUCUCCCUCGAAAUGUCGAAAACCGAAGCCCUCACACAAUCUUUCCGCAAAUCAAUCGGCGUGCGCAUCAAGGAGGAGUCCGAGAUGAUCGAGGGUGAGGUCGUCGAGAUCCAAAUCGACCGCUCGGUGACCGGGGCCAACAAGCAGGGCAAGCUCACUAUCAAGACAACCGACAUGGAAACCAUCUACGACAUGGGCACGAAGAUGAUCGACGCCAUGACCAAGGAGAGAGUCCAGGCUGGCGAUGUCAUCUCCAUUGACAAGUCAUCCGGCAAGAUCAGCAAGCUCGGAAGGAGCUGGGGCAGGUCGAGAGAAUACGACGCCAUGGGCGCCGAUACCAAGUUCAUCCAGUGCCCCGAGGGCGAGCUGCAGAAACGCAAGGAAGUCGUGCACACCGUCUCCCUCCACGAAAUCGACGUCAUCAACUCGCGCACACAAGGCUUCCUCGCCCUCUUCUCCGGCGACACCGGUGAGAUCCGCAGCGAAGUCCGCGAGCAGAUCGACCAGAAGGUGGCCGAGUGGAAGGAAGAAGGCAAGGCCGAGAUCGUGCCCGGCGUCCUCUUCAUCGACGAAGUGCACAUGCUCGACAUCGAGUGCUUCUCCUUCAUCAACCGCGCGCUCGAGGACAAGCUCGCCCCCAUCGUCAUAAUGGCCAGCAACAGGGGUAACUCCCGCAUCCGUGGAACCACCUACAAGUCCCCCCACGGCCUCCCCCUCGACUUCCUCGACCGCGUCGUCAUCGUCUCCACGCACUCCUACAACAAGGAGGAGAUCCAGCAGAUCCUCUCCAUCCGUGCCCAGGAGGAGGAAGUCGACGUCUCCCCCGACGCCCUGGCUCUCCUAACCAAGAUUGGACAGGAGGCCGGCCUGAGAUACGCGAGCAACCUGAUUACCACCAGCCAGCUGAUUAUGGCCAAGCGCCGCGCGAAACAGGUCGGUAUCGAGGACGUGCAGCGCAGCUUCCAGCUCUUCUACGACCAGACCCGCAGCGUCAAGUUCGUGCAGGACUACGAGAAGAGGCUCAUUGGCGAGCAGGGCGCUGUCGAGAUGAACAUCACUAAUGGCCACGGCGAGGCUAUGGAGCUGUCUUAGAUGGAGAUUGGGAAUGGGGUGGGUAGGGGCAAGGCCGGAGUUCGGAGAGGCGAAUGGAUGUGUUUGUAUACUAGCACUGGGCGUCACGGAAUGCAAAAAGCUGAGCAGCACGACAACGGGGUGGCCGAUGUUUGUUAGAUUAGGCGUGUUCAAGCGUAGCAAAAUAAAGAAUCUUUAAUUGUUA